GCGUGUUGUGUGAUCUCACAGUAACGUAACGUAGGCUUUCCUCCUCCUAUAAAUUCCCGUGAAACCAAGCAACAAGAAUUUUCAAGCGACCACACUCUUCACUCUGUAAUCACUUAACUCGUUCACGUAACUCCUACCAAUGGAAUCAAAUACCAAAAAUACUACUAUUAAGUUCCUCUGUAGCUACGGCGGAAUAAUUCUCCCCCGCCUCACAGACGGCAAACUCCGCUACUUCGGCGGCCACACUAGAGUCCUCGCUCUCCAUCUCCCCAUUUCUUUCUCAGAACUAAUUGUGAAGCUUGUUGAAUUGUGCGGUUCUUCAGUCACGCUGAAAUCUCCAUUACCAAACGGAGAUUUAGAAACAUUGAUUUCAAUCACCAGCGACGAAGAUCUCACAAAUAUAAUCCAAGAAUAUAAUCGAGCUUCUUUAUCAUUAACUCAUCCUUUGAAGAUCAGAGCCAUUCUUUCACCGCCUAAGUUUUUUAAGAAAUUAUCUCCUCCUCCGUCUUCUUUUUCCAGUGCAACUCAUUCUCCUUCUGGUUCUCUUUACACCUCCCUGGAAUCACUGCCGUAUGCGGCGGCGUAUCGGUUCGACCGGCUUAAUGGUUCGCCGGUUUCAGUUGGGUAUCCAAUUGGUAUUCGAAACGGGACGGUGAAAGGUAGCUGUUACACGGGGGAAUUAGAUGGAAGCCCUAGAUCUCUUUACCGCUUCUAUAAUAAUUAUUGCCAUUGAUGCAAAGUUAUGUUGGAGAAUACAAGUUAGACAAUGGUUGAUGAUGAUGACGAUGAAAAAUAUCAAAGAUCGGUACUCGAUCGAUUUUAGGGUGUAAAUAGCACGAAGAGAUUUGAAUUAGAGCUUGAGCUUCUUUUUUUUAUCUGCUUGAGUUUUUUUUUUUUUAAUCUGAUUCUUGCUCUGUUUUCUAUGUAAAAAGCUAGAUACUACUACCAUAGAAAAGAAAUAAAGCUUUAGCUUGAAAUCGUUGGUAAUUGUAAUACUAAUAGUAAUGGUGGUAGUCACUACUCACUAGUCAGUUUCAACUGUUCUUUUGGGUGAGAAUUGAGAUUAUUCCUAACCUCCUUGAUUUGUAUUAUUGUGCCUUUUGUUUUUCUAUUUAUGAGGUUAAGAAGAAAAGAUCGGGGCAUGAACUUUGUAUUGUGGUGACAGUUGGAAUAUGCUAGAUGCAAACUCUGCCUACGUGUUAACUGCUUGAGUGAAAAACUUGGUCUUUUUGAAAUUGUUGGAUCAUUUAGUUUAA